AUGUCGUCCACGACGAAGCCAGUCCUCGCCUUCUGGGUUAACGAAAUUCGCCGACAGGCUGUGAGACAAGUGUUUCCUGCCGACAGCUGGGACUUGAGACCGGCGGCCACGAUUGAUGAUGUCUUCGAUCAAGUCCAGGCACGUGAGGUUUCCGUCGGCGUAGUUCCCUUCGAAAACUCGACCAAUGGAUCCGUCGUUUUCACGCUGGACAACCUCGCCGACCGGAACGGUCAGUACAAGGAUAUCGCCAUAGAUGGGGAAAUCUUUGUCGAUAUUCACCACUGCCUCAUCGGACGCAAGAACGUCGCUUCGGUGUUGCUCGAGGAUAGCACCGACCGCUCUGCCACGUCCACUCCGACUGCCGCACACCCAAGCCCACCCAAACCAAGAUCCAAACCCCUAAGCAACCUCGGGCACAUCAAGCGGCUCUACUCGCACCCACAAGCGUUUGGCCAGUGCCAUGCCUUCAUAUCUACCUAUUUGAAAGGUGUGGAGAUCAUUGACGUCAGCUCGACGAGCAAGGCAGCCGAAAUCGUCAGUCAGGAUGAGACCGGCACGUGGGCCGCCAUCUCCAACGAGCCGGCCGCCACCCUCCACGGUCUAGAUUUUCUUGGCAAGUCCAUCGAGGACCGCGAGGACAACACGACGCGAUUUCUCAUCAUCGGCACGAACCGAUCCGCCCAUAACAGCCAGCAUCUGCAGAAGAAGCCCGCUGCCAUAGCUGACAACAGGUCUCUCGUCUCCUUCACCGUGCCGCAUGAAUCCCCAGGCGCGUUGGCGGACGUGCUGAGCUGCUUCAAGGAGUUUAACCUUAACUUGACGAGCAUAAAUAGCCGGCCCAGCUUGCUGGCGCCCUUUCAAUACACCUUCUUCGUCGAGUUUGAGGGCCAUAGAUACGGCGACCCGACUGGUCGGGUUGAGCGGGCACUGGAUAAAAUUAGCCUUGUUGCCCGAAACAGUCGUUGGUUGGGAAGCUGGGCACGGUAUGGCAUAGAUAGGUAG